UGAUAAGUCAGAAAGUGUGGGCUUAUUGAACAAUACGCCCUUGAUUAAAGAGUCUUUUCUAUAGACAGACCGGUAGACAGACCGCCACAGCAGCAGUGCACACCAGUAGUUGAAAGAUGUCUGUGGUGGAGGUGUUAAAAGUGCUGGGUCUUGGAGCGCUGGCUCUUGCACUAGGCUUGGAGUGGAUGGACUGGCUGCUGAUCCGCUGGUUUAGGGCCCGAAGAGGUUCCCGUAGACCCUUGAUAGAUGUACUGUUUUUCCCUUCUCCACUGACGUGUGUGGAGCACCUGUAUAGUCCAGCCAGGUCUCUUCAAUGCUUGUGUCCACUGCCACAUGGCUUAGACACGCCUUUUUCUCGGCUGCUAAGACAUCUCCUGUCAGCGUGCGUGUCACUGGACCUUUGUGUGUUCUCCUUCUCACACAUGGAACUCAGCCGGGCUGUGCUGCUGUUGCACAGUCGGGGUGUGCGAGUACGAGUGCUAACAGACAGAGACUACAUGACUAUCACUGGCUCUCAGAUUGGCACCCUCCGCAGGGCAGGUAUCUGUGUGAGGCAUGAGCUGAGUAACGCUGUGCAUAUGCACCAUAAGUUUGCACUGGUGGAUGGAAGAAAGCUGAUCACCGGUUCCCUAAAUUGGACUGUGACAGCAGUGCAGAGCAACAAAGAGAAUGUGAUAGUGACAGAGGAGACGGAGCUUGUUGGUCCCUAUCUGGAUGAGUUCAGGAGACUGUGGGAGGAAAAUGACCCAGCAAACCACCCAUAUGAAAUACCCAGUGGUAAAAAUAUCAAAGGAAUGCUGAUAUAUGCCAGUGAUGUUUAGAGCUCAGGUGGCACAGUAGUGGCUUAAUGGUUAGGAUACAUGGUCAUGGAUCAGCUACUGCUGCAUGGUGUAGGUUACUGCUAUUUUUCUGCCAAAUUGUUCGUUUGUUUUUGUUUUA